UCAAGUGUUAGUCCGUAUGUUGUCGUUAAGACAAUACCUUUGGCAGUAUGAUGGAAAUGUAACACGAAUAGCACCCAGGUAGAUAGAACUGCGAUGGCUGGUACAUGCAUUCCUUCAAGGUCAUCACGGCUGUUCGCUUUACUGGUGAUUUUGCAAUUAACAGUUUGUGAAGGACAGCUGACUUUUUCUACGGGUUAUAUCAUUGAGGGACAGCCAAUAACAAUUUUCUGUAGAAUACCUAAUUUUGAUCGCAUAGCUCACUGGAUAAAAGAUGACGAACAGUUCACAGCAACAACUUGUAGUAAUUCUGGCUUCUGUAAGGUCGAAAAUGAAGGCACGAGAUACAGGUAUGCCAGUAAUGUGUCUGGUAUAUCUGUGACCAUUAGUAAUAUAGCCAGAAAUGAAGAGAGAGAUUGGAAAUGUGGCCAUCCUGGAUAUGAUUCAACAGUCUACAGAAUACGUUAUAAUGAGAAUGUUUUCGUUAUAUCCGAUAGUGUUGUAGUAGAUGGAUUGGACAGGAAUGUAACACUGGGAGAUGAUAUACCCACUGUUACCUUGACCUUUACUACGGGAUGUAUGCAUCCAAUUCCUACAGUGGCUGUUUACUCCAAACAAAACACCAAUGCAUCAAUUACUUCAGAAAUAGACUAUGUUAAUGUUACAAGUACAACGUGUACGGCACCGGAAGCUGGGUAUACAGGGGCGAUAACUAUUUAUUCAGAUUCCACUUGUAAUACUACACUCUUCCCAAGGUUGCUGAUUACGCCGACAGGUUUACCAUUGGAGUAUACUACAACUGAAUGGAUUUCCAGUCAUUUCAUAAAGUUUCCUACUUGUAAAGCUUUGGGAAGAUUGACAACAGAGGAAGCCUUUGGAUACGCUGUUUUGUUUUCCUUGGUGGGCAUGGUUAUUGGAGGCAUUUUAAUACUUGUUUUGUACAAGAUACUAUUGAAUUCCGGGAAACUAUCCUUGUUUGUACUAGAGUCUACGCACGAAUCCAGUACAAAAGUAAAGCUGUACAUGACGUCUGCCCUUAUAACAAUCCUCCUCUGUUUUGUUAUCGCUGGCAUUGUGGUAGCAGUAGAAUGUGGAAAUACGGAAUGUUCAGAUGUAACUGUUGGAAGAUCUGCAGCAUUUGUAGUACCUGGAACCUUGUUACAGUUGCUGACUGUGUGUAUGGUAGUUUAUUUGUUUGUAAGAUGUUGCAGUAGAGAUAAAAGUGGAGUAAAACGAAUGGAGGAAGAUCACGUGGGCAAUAUUUCUCACUAUGGUAGAAGAUCGGUAACAAUAACACCGUCAGCUAUUGAUGUUGAUACUGUUGGACAUUACUAUAGCAAUCAGGUUUACAAACAGAGUGAGAACUUUGUCAGCUCUAACGAUAGCAAAACGCGUACUUUUGAAACAUCUCGACAGAAUGUCGGAAGAACAUUACGUGAAAAAUCUGAAGACAGUUUGAAUCUGCAUUCCGACCGAGGAUUCGUUAACAAGACAUCAAGAACGAAUACAGAGCUACCAAGGUCAACACACAAGGUCAAAGAUAACAGUGAGUCUGAAGUCAGUAUUGAUCUCAAAUCUGACAGAUCUUCUGUCAGUAAGUUACAAAAAGAUGAAAAUCGGAAGCUAGAACCUUUAACAAGUACGCCUUUAAAAGAAACUGGUUUGAACAGAAAACAAGGUGAUAGCGGGUAUAAUUCGAAGAACCCUGGCAGCAUCUCAAGUGUUGAAAACAAAGAUGCUGUUUUAUUAAGUGGCCAAAGUAACAUAAUAGCACCUACAAACCAGCUGACGGAUAAACAAGAAGAUUACAGUAACAGCGGUUCCAGCUCGAGUGACGAAUCAAUCAAAGAUGGUGGAUUAAGCCCGGACAUAUACAGAACAGAUCAUACACGAAGCGGGUCAAGAUCCGAAGUGAUGCGAAAUACCUCAACGCCCGCUACUCCUGGACAUGUGACAAAUUACCAAAGUAGCGAACAGUCAAAAGUCAUGGUAAUUCCGGAUGAACAUUCGUCGUGCAUCAUAUCCGUACCUACAGGAGAGGGGAGUUCCGAAUCGUCCAGUGAAGAUAAUGAAGUCGUGCUAAAAGAUGGAGAAAAGUCGAAAGGCAAAAAGACAACGAUGAAACGAUCAAAGAAAAAGAAAUGGAGGAAAAAGAAACAACCAUUUGUUUCUCCGGAACAAAUUGAUAAUACUGAUAAAAUAAAAGUGCCUAAAAAGAAAAAGGCAAUUAAAAAGAAAAAAGCUAAAAUAAUUAUAUGAAAAAAGAGAGAUGGAUUUAAUUAACUGGUUAAAGUGGGAAAUGUAUACUCAAUAUCAGAUCCUAUACAGUAAAUAUUAUGAUUAUGAUUGGUCUUUAAAGAUUUAUUGAGGCAAACAAAGUUUUUUUUUUUUUUUUAUAAUUUAUAAUUUAUAAUAAAAUACUCAUAUGAAAGUUUACGAAAAUCUGAGAGAUUUUUAUUCACGAUUUGUAAUAUUUUCUCAGCUGUUUCCCUAUAUAUGUACCUGUCGUAUCUCCUAUCUUUAAUUUGCUCUUACAAAAAGGAAACUUUCAAUGAUUUUUUUUAAUCUCUCUUAAAAAUCAUAUAACAUUCACUGAAUAUAGACAUGGUAUUAAUAUUCAUUUUGAUGUAUAAUAUACUAAAUCAAUACGGUUAUUAAAUACGAUACGAUAAACAUGAUAUAUUUUUAUUGCUCAAUAUUCAGGUUCAAAUAUUUAAUUCAUUAAGUUUAAAUACAUUUAAAAUAAAAGCAAUAUCACCUAUAGUAAAAAAACACGAAAUAAAUUUUCUUUUGAAAGUUUUGAUUAUAUUUCAAUUUUACAAAAAACCAUGGUAACUAUUUCACCUAAUGAAUAUUUGUGCUUUUACCAAGCUGUAGCUCUAUAAUAGAUGUUUCCUAAAUAAUACUCUUGGCCCAAAAUCUAAGAAUUGUUAAAGGUUGGUAUUGAAGAGCAAAGAUGGUUUGUGUGAAAGGUUAGAACAUAUGACCGUACGCGUAUGGUCGGACCAUAUGAGUAUAUACUCGUAUGGUUAUUAACGGCCCGGACCAUAUGAGUAUUUUGACCAUAUAGGUAUUUUUUUCAAAUAUGCAUUACACCGUUUCAAUAAUACAACAAACUUUAUCUAAAAAAGAGUGAUGGUAACAUGACAAUGUAUUAAUUCAAAGGCUACGUUAAAAUUAAAUAUUGAUUCCAAAGAUAAUUUUCAUCGCUUAUUACAUUCUUGCAUGUAGGCUUAUUGUGACAUUUACUUCCACACGUGCGGUAACAUAACUUUUUUUCGAGGUUUUGGGUUAUUCCGAUGUGUCUACGGUGUUUAUGAAGCUCUAGAUUUCAAAUAUCGUAAUAUGACUGCAGUACACCAUAUUCACAAAACAACUUAAAUAAAAUAUGUUAUUUGGAAGUGACUUCUUGUGUAACAGUUUAAUGAGCAAUUUUUGGAAGUUGUCUUUUCAAGUCGACAUAUUGCUAUUCACUCGUAAUAACAAAUCGGUAAUGGAUAUCGGUAUAAAAUGUUAUUAUUAUAGUUUUGACUAGCCUGGUAGUAAAAUUAACUAUGUGAAACUUUUUUUAUUCAGUUAAUCUCUUUAUUAUGAUAUGAUAAUAAAAUUACCUAUAUCAUAGCGUAUUUUUAAGGAACGUUCAUACCAUAUGAAGAGUUUAGAAGUAUUCAAAGUAGCCUGAAACAGACUGUUAAUUACCCCGACCAUACGCGUAUGGUCGGACCAUAUGAGUAUAUACCCAUAUGGUCAUGACCAUACGCGUAUGGUCCAAAUACUCAUAUGGUCCGGAACAUAUAUAUGCCAUUUUAUUUUUCAUUGUUGAAAUGUAUGUUUGUUUUAUGGUAAUUAAGAUUAUAACACAAAAUUGACUGUUGUACUCUUAUUUUUGACAUUUGUACCUAUUAUUUAGAUCUAAGAAGAUGUGAUAGGAGAAACAAUGAGAAAAAUCACCAUCCUAGUCACAAUAAGUUAAAAUUCACAAUUUUAGAUCAAAGUCCAGCCUUCAACACGAAGCCUUGGCUUACACAGAACAGCAAGCUAUAAAGGGCCUCAAAAAUGACUAGUGU